AUGGCGGACAUCCCUCAGCUCCUCCUCGCGUCGCUCAACCCCCAGACUCGGAAACAGGCCGAGCAGACACUCACAUCGUACUCGGAUCAGCCGGGGUUCCUCACAUCUCUGCUCCAGCUUGUGCUCGAAGGAUCUCAGGAUAAUGCCACCCGUCUCGCUGCGGCUGUCUACCUCAAAAACCAAGCAAAAACAAGAUGGCUUCCAGAAGAUCCAAGGCCAAUCUCAGACGCGGACAAGGCGGCACUGCGCCCCCGUCUUGUACCCGCGAUGAUUGCGCUCUCGGCGCCCAAGGACAAGGCCGUUCGCGCGCAGAUAGCAGAGUCCGUAUCUCUCAUAGCGGAGAUCGAUUUCCCAGACCAGUGGCCCGACCUGAUCGACCAACUUGUGUCUUCGUUAUCGCCCACGGACUUUAACAUCAAUACCGGUGUGCUCGAAACAGCACACUCUAUCUUCCGUCCCUGGCGGUCCGCGAGCCGUUCAGACUCGCUCUGGUCGACGAUCAACCUCGUUCUCUCCAAGAUUUUGCCCCCAUUCCAUCAGCUCUUCGCAUAUACGGCCAACAAGCUGCUCAAUGAGCCACCGACCGACAAAACUCAGCUAGAGCAAAUGGCGACUACAACCUGGAUGCUCGUCGAACUUUUCUACGAUCUGACAUGUCAAGAUCUUCCACCCUCGCUCGAGGACGGGCACGAAGAGUUCUUCGGCUCUCCGAAUGGUCAUUUCAUGCGCCUGAUGGCGUGGGACCCUGAAGCUCUGCGUACAGAUCCAGACGAGGCCACCCCCAGCACACCCACGCGUGUACGCACAACCGUACUCGAAGUCGCGGAGAUGUACGUGAAGCUGUACCCGGAGGUCUUGUCCCGCUCCGCUUCGGUGGAAGCCUUCGUUCGCGCUGUUUGGCAACUCGUCGGUGGUGGUACCCAGUUACCUCUCGCAUAUGACCCGCUCGUCACCCAAGCGCUGAGGUUCAUCUCGACCGCAAUUCGGGCUGGUCCGUACCGCGACCUGUUCUCUGCACGCGAGACUAUCGCCGGGCUUGUAUCCGGCGUAGUUGUCCCCAAUGUUGGUCUGCGCCCUCACGAUCUCGAGGCCCUCGAAGACACACCGCUCGAGUUCGUGCGCUCCGAUCUGGCCACUACCGAGAUUAGCACGCCACGACAGGCAGCGGCCGACGUCGUCAAGGCCCUCGUAUCGAGUGGUUUGGAAGCUGACGCGACGACAGUGACGAUGGAGUGGGUCAACCGUGGGCUUGCUGCAACCGGAGAGGAAGCCUGGAAGAGCAAAGAUAGUGCGGUUUUCCUCUUCGAGGCGCUUGCUGCGCGCAGUGGCACUGUAUCACUUGGUGUCACGGCGACGAACGCACUCGUCGACGUCGUCAAGUUCUUCGGAGACAACGUCUUCAACGACCUCCAGGCAGACCCAGGACGCGUUCACCAUGUCCUUCAGAUGGAUGCGAUUCGAUAUCUACACACUUUCCGGAACCAGUUGACGAAGGAGCAACUAACCUCGGUGCUGCCUUUACUCGGACAACAUCUUUCUGGGGACGAUGUAGUCGUUUACACCUACGCGGCAGUCGCAAUCGACAGAAUUCUGGCGAUCCGCGCACCAGGAUCCCCUACCCCCUUGUUUACAUACGUCGACGUGAAGCCAUUUGCGCUCAAUUUGAUCGAUAUUCUGCUACGCAAAGUUGAAGCUGCUGGUACACCGGAGAAAGUGGCUGAAAACGAUCUCGUCAUGCGCUGCCUCGCUCGCGUUAUCAUCACCGCGCGUCAAACACUUGUAGAAGGGUAUCAGCCUCUGUUACAGCGCCUCGUCGCGGUUCUUGGAACCAUCUCGAAGAACCCUAGCAAUCCAAACUUCGAUCAGUACAUCUUCGAGAGCAUCUCCGCGCUCAUUCGGUUUGUUGGUGCAGCGGACAAGAGUACCGUGCCCGUAUUCGAACAAACCCUGUUCGGGCCCUUUACGUUCAUCAUUCAGCAGGAGAUUGAGCAGUACAUCCCCUAUACGUUUCAAAUCUUGGCCCAGAUGCUCGCCCUGCACGAAGGUGUACCCACUGAAUACCGGUCGCUCGUCCCCUUGCUGCUCACGCCCGCUAGCUGGACACAGAAGGGAUCGAUCCCGGGUCUUGUCCGACUGCUACAGGCGUUCAUGGCGCGUGAUGCCGCGCAGAUCGUCGCCAGCGGGCAGAUCGAAAGCGUAUUGGGUAUCGUGCAACAAAGGUUGAUCCCGAGCAAGCUCAAUGAUUCAUGGGGAUUCGAGCUCUUGCAGGCCGUCGUGCGCUAUGUACCGCCAUCUGACUUGCAAAAGUAUUUUCGGGGCAUCGUCAUGACGCUCCUAACACGCAUGCAGAGUUCAAAGACGGACUCAUACGUCUAUCAUUUCGUCUACUUCCUAUCUUACACUUUGGCUGUUCCGGUGGACGGCCUCACUCCCGACUUUGUUGUCUCCGCGGUGGAGAGUAUUCAACCUGGAUUAUGGUCCAAUAUUCUCACAACCUUCGUAGUCCCUCAAGCCACAAAACUCGCUGCGAAGGACAGGAAGGUUGCUGUCAUUGGGCUCACGCGGCUGCUGACGCAGUCUCCCCUGAUGCUGGCUGGGAAUAAUGCGAACGCAUGGGCAUCUGUCUUCACCGCGAUCGCUCAGCUUUUCCGUGAGCCGCAGGCGCUCAAGUCAUCGACGGCCGAUGACGCCGGCGCGGGUUCGACAGAGAUCGACCUUGAAGAGCAGACAGCGGGUUAUCAAGCCGCUUACUCGCGCCUGGCGGCCGCCGACGCUGCGCUGCCCGACCCCGCUGCGCACGUCGCCGAUGUGCAUGCAUUCGUCGGCACGCAAUUGCAAUCGCAGCCGCAGGCAGCACAGCUUCUUCAGGCGGCCGAUCAGCGAGUAGUCGGGCCGUUCGUCGAAGGCUUGCGCCGCGCUGGAUACCAGUUCUAA